GGCGCGGAGCACACGUCGACGCUGGACACGGUCAACAAUCUCGGCAAUCUGUAUUCGAAUCAAGGCAAAAUGGCGGAGGCGGAGGAGAUGUACGUGCGGGCGCUGCGGGGGAAGGAGAAGGCAUGGGGCGCGGAGCACACGUCGACGCUGGCCACGGUCAACAAUCUCGGCAGUCUGUACAAGAUUCAAGGCAAGCUGGCGGAGGCGGAGGUGAUGUACUUGCGGGCGCUGCGCGGAUACGAGAAGCUCUCGUGGGCGUCACCGACUCGCAUAGAGUCUCUAAAGGAGUCGUUGUUGUCCGUACGCCAACAGCUG